GCUUUGAAGCAACGUUGUUGUUUAAUUUAAUCCAUAUGGACGAGGUCCCACGGUUUGGCACGUGAGGUUACUUGGGAUACAGCCUGAGUUGGUUUCUUACUUUGUCUAUAAAUUCGAUAUUCAAGAUCCUGUCGGUAGUUAAGUAAAGAAGCGAUGUAAAGCGAACGAUGGUCAAUAAUGCACACAAACAAACGAUUUUUGUUUAAAUUGACAAUAGAAUCACAUUAAUAAUCUUUUUAAUUAUUCCUCAUAUUAGCAUUACUUACUCCCAAAAAGUUUCAGGAUUUUUUUGUCUCAUUUUGGUAGCAGUAUAGGGGAAAUCCCUAGUUCACAAGUUUCUUCUAAAACUCCGUUUGCUUAAAAUUUUGUAAACCAAACAACAAGUUUAAUCUGAUUUAAUCAAAAAAAUUGGAAACCCCUCAGUCGAGUUUUUGCACAAAUUACAGGCCGAUGUCGACAAAGCAGUAUUUGCAGCUAAAGAAGCGUUUAAAGUUGGUUCGAAAUGGCGGCAAAUGGCACCAUCGAUCAGAUCAAAGUUAUUAAAUAAUUUGGCGGAUCUAAUUGAACGGGAUCGACUGUAUAUUGCUAUGGUGAUUACAUGGUUUAUACGACAAGGGAACCUGUUGGUGUAUGUGGUGCAAUUAUUCCUUGGAACGUCCCCCUUAUAAUGUUGGCUUGGAAAGUAGCACCAUGCCUAGCUAUGGGGAAUACACUUGUAUUGAAACCUUCAGAAGUUACACCAUUAACUGCAUUGUAUGUAGCGUCUCUCGUGGUAGAAGCUGGUUUCCCACCUGGGGUGCUUAAUGUUGUGCCAGGGUUUGGUGCAGAAGCUGGUUCAGCCUUGUCGCACCACAUGGAUAUCAUGAAGUUAUCUUUUACUGGAUCCGUUAACACAGGAAGACUCAUUCAAAAAGCAUCAGCUGAUUCCAACUUUAAGAACCUCACUCUUGAACUUGGAGGGAAGAGUCCUCUUAUUAUAUUUCCUGAUGUUGAUUUGGAUGUAGCUGUAGGAGCUGCUGGAGUCGCCAUUUUCACCCAAGGUGGACAAAUUUGCUGCGCUGGGUCUCGGACUUUUGUUCAUGAAGAUAUUUUCGAUGAGUUUGUGAGGAAGAGCGUGGAAAAAGCAAAAAUGAAGAAGAUUGGGGAUCCAAUGGAUGUUGAUACAGAUCAUGGGCCACAGAUAAAUAAAUACCAGCAAGACCGUAUCCUUGCAAUGAUAGAUCAAGGAGUGAAAGAUGGUUGUACUUUACUAUGUGGGGGGAAAAAAGUGGAAGGGUUAAAGGGACACUAUGUGCAACCAACCGUGAUGGUGGGCAUGAGUGACCACAUGGAAAUAGCAAAGGAAGAGAUUUUUGGUCCUGUGCAACUCAUUUUCAAAUUCAAAACCAUUGCUGAGGUCAUAGAAAGAUCUAACGCAUCACAAUAUGGAUUAGUAGCUGGUGUGUUUACUAACAAUAUCAAUAAUGCCAUGACAGUGGCAAGAUGUGCCAGAGUUGGAACUGUGUGGGUAAAUUGCUUUUUUGCGUUGAAUGCAAAUGCUCCAUUUGGUGGGUGUAAGCAAUCAGGUUCCGGAAGAGAUUUAGGGGAAGAGGCUUUGGAUGCAUAUACUGAAGUUAAAACAGUUUACAUUAAAACUCCUCCACUUGUGUGAGAAGUACAAAGGGUUUUAUGACAUUAUAAUCAACAAAUCGUGUUUUUUUAUGUUCCUUUUAAUUUUGCAGUUUUGUAUGUUUAGGCCAUUUUAAAGUUUACAUAGUUUUUUUUUCUACAUAUUAUUUACUUUAUAUGAGCAGUAGAAUCUACUGUUGCUGCUUUAACAUCAGUUUUAGGGCAGUUCUUUGUUCUGUAACCGAAAAACAAGGUUACUCAUACAUACUCACAAAGCUAUGUGUAAACUGCCCACAAAGUAACAUUAGAUAAAACAAAAGGGUAAUAGCCUAACUUUGGUCUAAAUCUUGGGUUCCAUAGUGUGUCAUGCUAAAGGACCUCAUCGUGUAGAAUAGAAUUUUAUGUAAAAACAUUAGUUACACUUUUAAACAUUAUAGCUGAUCAAUAAUACUUAGUUAUUUGUCAUAAAUUACAACACCCAAUAGUUAUUCAUUAAAAAAAUCUUGCUGCAAUGACUAAAGGAGGGGCCCGAGGGGGCAUGCUUUAGAAAUGAAGUGCCACUGUAUACAAUGCCCAGUAGAGCACCUGUGUUAAAACUCUAGUUGUCCUGCCACAUGAGGACAAAUAAGUGAUCAUCAUUUAAUUAACUACAUAUCUAAAAGUAUAACACAACUUUUGGUAUAACACACAAAUUUUAUUAUUUUGUCCACGGAUUAAUAUACACAGAAUAGUAAUUACUUGUAAGAUUACUUAAUUAAAGCUAUGUGUAAUAUGAGGUAAAUUAUGUUAUGUGAGAAUAGAUUGCAGUUUUAUAUUUGAAUAAUUAAUUAACAACACCUUUGUAAUGCUUUAUUUAAAAAAGUAGAUAUUCUGUAAUAUGUUAUUAGACAGUGCAAGUUAUGAUUAAUUUCAGCAUGUUUGUGUUCUAAUAUUCGCCAUUUGUUCUUGAAUAUAAUGAAAUGAAUGAA